AUGAAAAUUCUAUCAGACGGUUCUGACUUAGAAGGGGUGGAGAAAGUUGAAGACAUAUUUUACAUAAAUAUCGCUCGGAAAAGUAUGUGGAUCUUAGAUAGCUGGCCGAAGACUCCGAACGAAUCCGUUACUUACCGGUACUUCGUGCUGGCACUGAAUGUAGCCACUCUUGUCGGCGGCGCCGUCUAUCUGAGGAACAAUACUGGAGUGCUGUCUUCUUUCGAAUUAGGCCACACUUACAUCACAGUGUUUAUGAAUUGUAUAACGUGCUCAAGGUGCCUAAUGAUAUUAUCAAGAAAAUAUAAUGAAGUAAUGUUAUCUUUCGUGAAUAAAAUACACCUUUUCCAUCAUAGGCAUAAAUCCGAAUAUGCUUACAAGACACACAUCUUUAUACAUAAAAUAUCUCAUUUCUACACGGUCUACUUACUCGGUUUGGCGUUAAACGGUUUGUUGUUAUUCAACAUGAUACCGUUUUACAAUUGUUACUCUAGAGGGAUGUUCAGAGAUGUGAUUCCUGCAAACGCGACAUACGAUCAUUCUGUGUUUUACUCCGUGCCUUUCGACUACACUACCAAGUUUAAGGGAUACAUAGCUAUGACCUCAUUUAACUGCUUCAUUUCUUACACUUGCACGAGUUAUUUUUGCGUUGUGGACCUCACUGUUUCAUUGGUAAUAUUUCAUCUGUGGGGACAUAUGAGACUCUUGACGUAUCAUCUUGCGAAUUUUAAGAAGCCCGCCUCAGUGUUAGAGUCGAACGAAAAUACAGAUGCGAUUAAAGAUCACUCUUAUACUGAGGAAGAAUUGAAAGAAGUGUUCGGUAAACUUCGAGAGUAUAUUCGUCAUCACAACCUUAUUCUUAAUUUUUCUUCAGAAAUGUCAAACGCUUUCGGACCAGCACUCUUGGCAUACAUGGUGUUUCAUCAAGUCAGUGGCUGUAUUCUGCUGUUAGAGUGUUCACAGUUGGAUAUGAAAACGUUGGUGCGAUACGGGCCUCUGACAGUAGUAAUCUUUCAACAACUUAUUCAAAUCAGUGUAAUAUUUGAGCUCUUGGGAUCCUCGAAUGACAAAUUAAUCGAUGCCGUGUAUUUAGUUCCGUGGGAAUACAUGGACACUAAGAACCGAAAGCUUGUUUUCGUGAUGCUGAGACAGUCGCAAAGGUCUAUAGAUCUGAAGAUGAUGAGCAUGCUCACCGUCGGCGUCCAGACUAUGACUGCGAUAUUGAAAACAUCGUUCUCAUAUUUUGUAAUGUUAAAAACAGUUGCAGAAGAAGAACAGUGAAAAUUACUGUUAUUUCACAC